CUCUGACUUUUAAAUCUCCUGAUGAGGCGAUAGUUUGUCGGAGCGAGUUAGGAGUGAGAGAAAAAAAGUCGCUGGUUUUUAGUCUUUUUUGAAGUUUGGACAUGAAAGCACUCAUCUAGUAGAAAAGUCACUUGAAUUUUCCUCCGGAUCGCACGGCAUCAUGAAGCCUUUGCUGCGCUUCAGUGUCUCUCUGUGGGCUCUGCUGGUCUUCAGCGCUGUGCUAAAGAUCUGUGACAGUCGGUACACAGAAUGCAACGGCACAACAACAACAAAUACAACAACAACAACAGUCACACUCACAUCUACACCAAACUGCAACUUAUCCAUCAGUGGAAUCACCUAUGAUAACAGCUUGGCAACUCAAUUGACUCCUGGAAUAGUGUAUGAGAUCGUCUUUGUUUGUUUAAACUGCACCAAAAAUCUCACAAUGAGACCUGAAGUUGUCAGGAACCUCACUGUCACUGAAAUCACAACAUCGUCUCUGUCUCUAAACUGGACUCCACCUGAGGGAUACAGCUCCUUCUAUAUAGUGAAGUGGUCCAAUGGCACUUUCAUUGACAAUGUGACAGGAACACAGAAAACUAUUUCUAACCUGACUCCUGGUGUCCAUUAUAACAUAAGUGUUACCGCAGUCGCAGCUGACGGUCUUACUGAUGGGCAAAUCUCCAGUGUUUCUCAAUACACAAGACCUGGUAAUAUUGAUUCACAUUCUGUGUACACAAACACUUCCUCCAUCUUCCUGAACUGGACCCGACCAUCUGGUGAGGUGUUCAAGUACUUGGUGGAGUGGAAUAAUGGUGGAGUGCUGAUGCACAUAUACACAAAUGAUACUGCCACCGUGCUAUCAGACUUGAUCCCUGGUACUAAAUACAACAUCACAAUCUUUGCUGUCAAUGGAGAUGAUACAACAGGAGAUCCUUACACAUUCAGCUCAGUCACAAAACCUGAUGUAGUCAAUAGUCUCAAUAUCACCAGCAUCACAACAACAUCUGUGUCUCUGGCCUGGACUGAACCAGUGGGCAAUGCUACAUCGUAUAGAGUUCAGUGGACUCCAGGAGAAGGAGAAGCCUUCACUAAUGCAACCUCUUUUACCAUCAGUCAUUUAAUCCCCGGAUAUCAGUACAACAUUUCAGUGGCUGCUGUUGCUGAAACUUCCACAGGAAAAGAAUCCUCAAAAACUACCUUCACAAGUCCUGACCAACCUAAGGACAUUAUAAGUACAGCACCAGGAACUCGAGACCUGAACAUCAGCUGGACUCUGCCUACAGGAAGGGUUGAUUCCUAUGUGGUGAACAUCUCAAAUGCAGAUUUGGAUUAUUCUUACAGCCAAACAACCACAGUCAACAUGGCCAACUUUACUUCUUUAAAUCCUGGGAGAGUCUAUGAUAUCACAGUGACCGCUGUGGCUGGAAGCUUCUAUAAUACGUCUGUCCAGACUUCACAUGCAACUCGUCCCAUACCUCCUGCUUCCAUCAUUAUCAGUCAGAGGACAAACUCUUCGCUGUCUCUGAAUUGGCCGAUUCCCCAUUUGAUGGCGGGUGCUCCAAACAUCACCUACUAUAUCACCUACCAGGUGGAGGGUGGCGAAGUACAAAGUAUCGUCAAUAACACAUUACUGUCCUCGCUUUCCUCUGGAACACGCUACAAUAUAAGUUUAGUGACAGGUGGACCUCAAAAUUUAAAGAGCACGGCUGUCUAUAAUUCCACUUUUACUCAGCCAAACCCCGUGUUGAACCUCGUAGCCAGCCCUAAAUCCACCACCUCAGUAGAAUUGAAGUGGUCAUACCCGCACGAAGUCAAGUCAUAUUACAAAUACCGUAUACAUGUGUUCAACACAACGGCCACCUUUGACAGCACUGAAAUUGACAGCACUAAUGAAACUGUAAUUGGAAACCUUGAGCCAGGAACUAGAUACAGUAUCAAAGUCACAACAAUAGUAUCAGAAGGAAUCGAAUCCACGGAGGAAGAGACAUCCAGUUACACAAUGCCCAAAGCAGUGACCAACCUCAUCGCAGAGUUUGUGAACACAACGGCCAUCAAGCUGACGUGGCUCAGACAGAGCGAUCAUAAGCCUUCCUACUCCUAUGAGGUGAUAGCACUCUUGGGUGCCACGAUGGUUAAGAAUGGAUCAACUGAGAAUGAGACUUAUACCUUUUCCAUGCUGAGCCCUGGAACACUGUACACUUUUAAAGUGUUUACAGUUGUGGAAGAGGUCAAGUCCACAGUGGAAAGCACAGAGAAUUACACAAAGCCUGAAGCAGUUUCUAACAUCACAGUCAUAGGAAGCACAACAAACCUAUCGGUGCAUUGGAGACCUCCACCUGGAAAGGUGGCCUUCUACACUGUCCUGGUGUACAGGGACAGUCAGUUGGUGAAAAACAGCACAGAUCUGAGCAACAAUACUGAGAACAAACUGUUUCUGGGCCUGAUGCCAGCAGUACGUUACUGUGUGAUGGUGGUCACCAAAAGUGGACCUUUGGAGACUAACAGUUUACUUGUUUGCAAUGCAACAUUUCCUAAUCCUCCUGGUGCCAUCAUGGUGGACUCUCAGACUGUGGACUCCAUCAACUUUACCUGGCCCUUACCAGAGGGCAUGGACCAUAAUCAGUACAACUUCAGCGUGUCCACCAUUAAUGACUCUUUUCUGACUGAAAACAACUGGUUCCUGCUAGACAAUCUCCAAUCUGGAACCCCCUACAGUAUCACUGUUGUUACUGUCAGCCUGCAGAACUAUGAAAGCACAGCAGUGACAACAGAAACCUACACCCGACCUUAUCCUGUAACCAAGCUGAAAGAGACAAAAAUCACCACAGAUGCAGUGACUUUGGUGUGGGAGCAGCCGGAGAGAAAACCUCACUACUCUUAUUUAGUGCAGACAUCCAACAGCUCGAUUUCCAAUAGUGUCUCGGUCACCAUGAGCAACAUCACUGGACUUAACUCCGGGACCAACUACAGCUUCACUGUCAUUACACGUACAGCAGAUGGCACUCAGUCAGCUCCUGUGACCGUGUCCUACUUUACACGGCCAUAUGGUAUUAGACAGUUGGUGGCUGAAACUUUAAACACGACUGCUGUACGUCUGGUUUGGGUGAAACCAUUGCAAGACAAAGCUGAAUAUACAUAUAGGGUUGAGACUACAGGCUUGGACUUCCAAAACAUAACCAUCGAAGAAGACAAUGCAACAAUCUCAGAGCUCACCCCCGGAGCCAACAACACUUUCUGUGUUUUGGUCAUGGCAGCAAAUGGCAUCGAAGGAGAACCAGUUUGUACAUCUCGGUACACUGAGCCUGAGACAGUGCAACCCAGUGUCUCCAGCCAGGGCUCCAAUAGUUCAAUCCUGGUGUCAUGGACCAAACCUCGUGGGGUAGUGGAGUAUUACAUGGUCCAUCUAAAUGACACAGUUCCAAAACGAGUGAGCUCUAACAAUACCUCCUGGCUGUUUGAGGACCUGUCCGCUGGAAGGCUUUACACUGCCAUAGUAACCACAUUUAGUGGACCCUUCAAUGCAUCAUCUGAAUUUGUGACUAAUGCAACUUUCCCUAAUCCUCCUGGACCGAUUGAGAUCCUCAUGAAGACAGUCAGCUCCAUUGAGAUCAGGUGGAAGGAAGCUCCACUGAUGACUAAUGCGUCAUUCAAGUACCUGUUGAGUAACAUAUCAUCGCAGGGAGUCAAAUACAUCGCUUCCACCACAGCCACUCAUAAUUUUACCUCCCUGCGUUCUGGGACUUCCUACAACAUCUCUGUGGCAACAGUGGGAGCCAUGGAUUUUCAGAGCAAGAAGGUUAAGUUCUACAGCGUCACCACAAGACCAUUCAGUGCAAACAACCUCAGUACUUUGACAGGAGAGGAGAGCAUCACGGUCAAGUGGACCAGACCUGACCAAUACAAGGAAAACUAUCGUUUCAAUGUGACAUCAGCGGGGUCCAGUUUCAUAACUAAGAACCUGAUGUAUAAUAUCAGUCCCUUGGAUCCUGGCACACGCUAUAACUUUAGUGUCACCACAGAGACCUCUGAUAGAACUGAGGGUGCUUCAAGAUGGAUUUCCAGCUGCACAAAUGCAAGCCCAGUGAGAGACUUUAAAUGUAAAGGUCCAAACAAAAUAAAGGCAGAAAUCAUGCUGUCCUGGAACCCUCCCAAAGGCCAACACUCCAGCUUCAAAAUCACUGUAAACGAUGGCGAGAUCAUCAACACGCCAAACAGCUGUUGUAAUUAUACUGUGUCCAACCUUACUCACUCUACUCGCUACACACUGAAGGUGGUGACUCUGAGCUGUGGACAACCAAGCACUCCCAUAAUUCACACCUGCAAGACAGGCAUCACAAAUCCACCAAUUGUGAAUAACUACAAAUCCCUGUCGCAUGCUAGAGACCUGAAAUACAACUCGUUCUAUGUUCAUAUUAACUCCACCUUACUGGACGAAUCCAACGGGCCAAUCACAGAUGUUGGGGUGCUGGUGACAAGAAACCAUGGCGAUUCUUCUCAAUUGAGGAAGUAUUUGGUGAACAAUUAUAAAGACUGGAAGGAAGACAAAGCUCCAGUAUACUUAGCAACAGUCAAAACAAACCCUUUAAAAUCACGCAGUCAAAAUCGAGAUUUUCCCAUACACAUUGGAGAUGGAAGCCAAUUGAACAGCUACACCAAUGGCCAUCUGGAUGCCAAAGGAACAUACCAAUAUGCGAUUGUGAUGUUCACCAAUCUGGUUUGGAACAACAAUGUUGUGGAUGUUCAAGAGUCACUGGUCUCAAUAACAGAUUUCUAUCCUGCAUUUACGCUCCCAAAUGACCCAGCAGCUGUCAUUGGCAUUGCUGUCGGAGCAACAUUGGGAAUUUUUAGCGUUCUGUUCAUCAUCCUUAUCGGCUUCAUUAUCUACUGGAAAAGGCUAUCCAAGAAAGAAAAUACAGACAUCCAGAUUCAUUCCAUGAGAGCCAAAGUAAGUGUGGCUGUGAGGGUGGAGGACUACGAGGCUUACUACAAGAAGCAGAAAGCAGACUCCAGCUGUGGUUUUGCUGAAGAGUUUGAGGACCUGAAGCUUGUCGGUACAGCUCAGGCAAAAACACAUGCUCUAAAUGUGGACAACAAGCCCAAGAACCGCUACAACAACGUGCUUCCCUAUGACUCCUCUAGGGUGAAACUCUCUAUUAUCCAUGGGAGUCCAUAUGAUGACUACAUCAAUGCUAACUACAUGCCGGGUUACAACUCCAGGAAGGAAUUUAUUGCAGCUCAGGGUCCUUUGCCCGUCACAGUCAAAGAUUUCUGGAGGAUGGUCUGGGAGAAGAAUGUACAGACUCUCGUCAUGCUGACACGCUGUAAUGAACAGGGACGAGUGAAGUGUGAGAAAUACUGGGAUUAUGGCACCAAGCACUUUGAAAACAUCACUGUAACAACAACUUCUGAAAUACCACUUGAAGACUGGACCAUCAGGGAUUUUGACAUUAAAAAUGUGAAAACAGCAGAGACCCGUUCGGUGCGUCAGUUCCACUUUACAGCCUGGCCAGAUCACGGGGUGCCAGAAACCACCGAGCUCCUCAUCAGCUUCAGACAUCUGGUCCGAGAGCACAUGGACCAGUACUCCAGACACUCUCCUGCUGUGGUCCACUGCAGUGCUGGAGUUGGACGCACAGGUACCUUCAUAGCCAUUGACCGUUUGCUCUUCCAGAUUGAAAGGGAAAACAUUGUAGACGUCUAUGGCAUCGUCCAUGAUCUGCGCAUGCAUCGCCCCCUUAUGGUGCAGACAGAGGAUCAGUAUAUCUUCUUGAACCAGUGUGCCAUGGACAUCAUCAGAUCAAGAACUGGAACCAAUGUGGAUCUAAUCUACCAAAACACCGCUGCACUCUCUAUUUACGAGAAUGUAGAACGGAAGAACAGAUCUCCCCAAAACGGGUACCACGAGUCCUGAGAACCUGCUCAGGUCUUCUACUUCCACUUCCCUCUUUAAUCUUAGUAAGAAACUGAGCAGGCCUUUGUAAAGGGAACAGCUUUAACAGAAUGUAUUGCAUUUAUUUUUUAUACAUGCCAUCCUUUUCUUGAGAAUCUUGUAGCUUUCUGGGUUUAAACCUCUAUUUUUUGAUAUUUAUUUGUUAAAAAUAUUGAAUGUUUGAUAAAGAAGGUGACUGUAUAUGAAGAUACAGUAGUAGACAUAAUAAGUGACCAAAGAUGUUUGAAUUUUGGAGUUAAAGUCUCUUAUUAAUGCAGAUUUUUGUAUUGCUUAGUGUUUUUUUCUGCUUGUAUACUACUGCAAAUGACUUAAUGGUUGUUUGAUGUUUGGCUCAGGUAAUAUAUUGGAUGCUGUACAGGUAUUAUUACAGACUCUUUUAACAAAGACAAACCUGUAAUUAAUUGAAUUCUUGAGAUUACCUUGUACACUAAAAAUGCUGGUGUGAAUACUGUGUGCUUUUUCAAAACCUGUAUGAAUUAAUACCAAUAGGUGGCACCCCUUACUCCUUAGAAUAUCUCAUUUAAUGAACCGUGUUAUCAAUUUAUCAUAUUUUGUUGUAGUUUUUUAGAUCAUCCAGCCAAUUCUUUUUGCACCUCUUAAACCAAUUUUGAACUGUGCAAUGCCUUUUUAAUGAAGGAGUUUGUUGUAGAGACUUUUGUAUUUGAAUGCACUGUUGUGAACAAUGCACUGGCUGCAUUUGUCUUUCUAUACUGUCUUAUAUAUUUUUUAAACUAUCGUGAUGUUUGUUUUUAUCAGUAUCACUGGCCAGUGCUUUGUGAAACAGUUUGGGGCGUAUUGCUAUUCACCCACAUUUGAUUGUUACACUUUUUUAAAAUUUUUUUAUUAAAGAUACGGAUCGCAUUAAACAAAAGCUCAGGAACUAAAACAAUGAAAACUGAACAUUUUACUGGGAGGCACGGGUGUUAGAAACCCCAUACUGCACCAGUGAGUACUUUGAAGAUCCAUUGUUUUUCUUUUGUUAAUGUCCUUCUUCUCUGCAUUGUACAUUCCUCAAAGAAACAACAAUGUUAUGUCACUUCCUGCUGCAUAUCUGGUCCAUCUAUGGACAUUUCCUGUGAUGUUAAAAUUAUCAGCGGAGCACAAGCUUUAUGUUCAACUUUUUAAAGGGCACGAGGCAGGUACAUUGUGUUUAUUUUUUGAAAUAAUUGAUAUGUGUGGUUGGCUUUAUAUUUUAAAGUCAGUGUUGUUGUUUUUUAUCAUAUCACACUGUACCUAAUGAUUGAAAGCACUUAUGUUUUUAAGGAAAACAAGAAUAGCAAAUAGUUACACAAUUUUAGGAUGUUUUGAAAUGCUUAAUGAGACGCUUGCUGGUACAAUGCAAUAAUGUAAAAUGAGCAAUGAGCAUUUAAUAUUUGUAUACCCUUUGAUCUGUAAAGCAAAAUGGGAUUAAAGAUCUUUUUACAUUGACCAACA